AUGUAUUUGAUUAAAUUAAUUUUUAUUUUUGUUUUGUUUAUCGUUUUUGUUGAUUGUGGAAUAUUUCCAGCUUUACAAACAAUAAAUUAUUUGGGACCCCCAUUAAAAACAUCCAUCAACAACAACAACAGCAAUCACCCCUCCUUUCCCUUCUCUUCUUUAAAAACAAAAAAUAGCCCUCCAAAAAUAUUUUCUUUAAAAAUAAAUACAUCAGAAACAAAAAAUAAAUUCAAAAAUUUAAAUAAAUUUCCUUCAAUUUUUCCAAAAAAUUUUAAAAAAUCAAAAAUUUCUUCUUCUUGUUGGAAUAAUAAUUACCCUACAGAAGAAGGAGAAGACUAUCCCUCCCAUUCAUUUUUUAAUAAAUCUAAUAAAAUAGCCAAAAUACUUGUUUGGGAAUUUCAACUUUAUAAAUUAAAUGAGAAAUUGGAGGGAACAAAUGAUUGGGGACAACAAUUAAAUAAAGAAGAAAGAGCUAAUGUUAUUUUAAUUUCUGAAUUGUUUAGUUGGUUAACAUUAAAAGAACAUUUAAAUGUUAAUUUAAAAAAAGCUGUUGGAUUAUUAAUUGCUUUGAGGGAAAGUGACAGAAUUUUACAGAAUGCCGAUUUUCUUUGUAGUGUUUUUAAUUAUUUAAAAAGAAUUGAGGGGGAAAAGGAAGAAGAAAAAGAAUUACUUAAUCGGUGGACUUUGGAUGAAUUAAAAAUUAAUUUUUGGAAUGUUUUGGAAAUUGACGAGGUUUUUAUUGAAAUUAUGUAUUUAUGUAGAGAUAUUUAAAUUGAAUUUCCCGGAAAUAAUGUAUUCUAAGUAGCUCUGAUAUUUAUUGGAAGAAAAGCAAUGUUUGAAUGUUUGGACUAAUUUUAAUUCAUCUUCCCUCACGAAUU